AUGUUACAGAAUCAGGAUAGUAGGGAGCCUGAACAGGUAAGGAAGCUCUUCAUUGGAGGCCUGAGUUAUGAAACGACGGAGGAUUCUUUGCGAGCUCAUUUUGAAAAAUGGGGAACGCUCACAGAUUGCGUGGUUAUGAGAGAUUCUGACAGUAAGCGCUCCAGGGGCUUUGGGUUUGUGACCUACUCCUCUGUAACUGAAGUCGAUGAAGCCAUGAGAAAUAGGCCCCAUAAAUUGGAUGGGCGGGCAGUUGAAUGCAAAAGGGCAGUGCCCAGAGAGGAUUCCAACAAGCCUGGUGCCCAUUUGACAGUGAAGAAAAUCUUUGUUGGCGGAAUAAAGGAAGACACAGAGGAACAUCAUGUUCGAACAUACUUUGAACGCUAUGGAAAAAUUGAAAGUGUUGAGAUAAUGGAAGAGCGCUCCACUGGAAAGAAGAGGGGAUUCUGCUUUGUUACUUUUGAUGACCAUGACACUGUGGACAAAAUUGUUGCUCAGAAAUAUCAUACCAUCAACUCCCACAAUUGUGAGGUCAGAAAAGCACUUUCAAAACAAGAAAUGAAUACAAUGUCUAAUUACAGAGGUAGAAGUGACAGAUAUGGUAGUAGAGGAGGGAACUAUAGUGGUGGCAGCAGUGGAGGCAACUUUGGCAGAAGUGGGGGUUAUGGUGGGGGACAGGGUGGAUAUGACGACGACUAUGACAAUGGCCCCGGAGGUAGUUACGGUGGUGGUUAUGGAGGAGGGUGUGGCGGCUACACAUCUGGGUCGGGGUAUGGAAACCAAGGUGGAGGAUAUGGGGGAGGCGGAGGCUACGGGGAUGGAGGAUAUGGAGGAGGUGGAAAUUACAAUGAUUUUGGAAAUUAUGGAGGGCAGCAGUCCAACUAUGGGCCCAUGAAGGGGAACUAUGGUGGGCGCAAUUCUGGAAGCCCAUAUGGUGGUGGAGGUUAUGGCUCUGGUCGUGGUGGGGGCAACUAUAACUCGCGGCGAUAUUAAUUAUUUCAUGUUUUGGCUUCAGUUCUUAGCAGGAGAGAGAGACAGAGAGAGAGGAAAGCUGCAGGGUACUUUGAGAAAGGAGCAGUCAGACUUAACUGCAGCUAAAAGACUGUCUAGAUAUUCCUCUUCUCUAAAUGUGAUGAUUCACCGAACCAUUUUUUUCCUUUUGUGCGUCUAAGUUGUGUGUAUUGUGCCUAUGGUAUCAGGGGUCCUUUUUGUAUUCAAAGCCAGUUUUUAAUGUCCUUACUUUUCUAUAUAGUUAGUUCCUUCUGGUUGCAUUGCAAAAUUGUGUUCUUGCUGGACAUUUUUACCAGGCUUCAUAUCAGCUAGAAUUACUCACCACACUUUCAAUUUAUCAUGAUUGCUUUAUUGCAAGUGUAUUUUCAUGUUGUAUGUGACAAGAACCGUGUGAGAUCAUUUUAUACCAGUGUCAACAAAUGUGUGAUGCUGCAUUUAGGAACUUCUCAAAAUGCGUGUUAUGUUCUGAGCAAAGUAAAAUAGAUUGUUCAAGGUAUUUUGAUCAGUAGAAAGAAAUGAAUAAAAUUGUGUAGUAAAGUGCA